CGGAAACAAAGUGAAAAUUACACCGUUUUUAUUUGGAUAUUUAAGUGAAAAAUACAUAAAAAAAAAAUUAUUAAACAUGCAAGGAUACAGAAAUUACUCAAUGGAACACCAUCAAGGAGUCGAACAGAAACCAAUUGUUGUUGAUUUAAUGCCGUCGCAAUAUACAAAACCACAAACUCCACCACCGUCGCCAAAUGAAUGUUCAAGCCCUGAUCCACCAAUGUCAAAUGGCAAUCAAAUUCCCGCUGAUCCAUCAGUCCGUCGCUACAGAACCGCUUUUACCAGAGAUCAAUUGGCUCGUCUCGAGAAGGAAUUCUAUAAAGAAAAUUACGUUUCCCGUCCCCGUCGGUGCGAAUUAGCCGCUCAAUUGAAUUUGCCUGAAUCAACAAUCAAAGUUUGGUUCCAAAACCGCCGCAUGAAGGACAAGCGUCAACGCAUUGCCGUCGCAUGGCCAUACGCUGCUGUCUACUCAGAUCCCGCUUUUGCUGCCAGUAUUCUACAAGCUGCUGCCAAUAGCGUUGGAAUGCCCUAUGCCUAUCAGCCAAAUCCGAUGCUUGCCCCAGCAAUGCAACCUCAAAUGGCCGCCGCAUCAGCAUAUUCCGGAUACCGUUAUACACCGUACCACAUCCCACCACGUGCCCCACAGAUGCAAAUGCCACCGACCGCUCAGCCUUUGGCCUACCCAACAAUGUUGGGCGCGAUUCCACAAGGUUAUACCCAGCUGACCAUUCCUAAGCCACAUACCCCACCGCAUGAUAUGCAAUCAUCGUCGUCGCCGCACUCAACUCUGUCACUCAGUCCCGCCGGCUCGGACCAUACCAAAGUAUUCGAUCGCAGUUUAAGUCCCAUCCGUCAGUCAUCAUCUGUCAAUCACCAUCAUCAUCAUCAACAUCAAAAUCAACUUCCUACCACACCAAAUCGUUUGACACAUGACACAUCAGCCUAUUCACCAAAUAGUGGACUUUUAAUGGCCGCCCAUCAGCAACCGGGAUCUCCACCACAAACACACAUUAGCGAAUCAAACAAACCUAAACUGUUUAAGCCUUAUAAAACCGAGGCAUAAAGAAAAUGCAGCAGACUGAACGCGUUUUUCUAUAUUUCGAUUUGUUUAACGCAGAAGAAGAAACAAAAAAUAAUGUGAUUAAGGUGCUAAUAGCCGAUUUGGUCUCAUAGGCCAAAACGAAAAUGAUUGUAAAUAACUUUUUUUUUGUAUAAUUUUUUGUCCUAAUUAUUGUUAUUAUUUAUUUAAGUUUUAAGUAAUUUAAUUUUAAAAAAAUUUAUACUAGAAACUAUAGAU